AUGUCCGAGUAUACUGGCGCAUCCUUGCCAGUCUGUGUAGGCCAGGGUGUACGAAAUGGACAGACAGAUGUAGAAUAUGGGUAUAGUGGCGAAGGCAUGCCCGAGAGCAUUCAAGAUAUGCGGCCAAAUGGCGAUGAUGAUGAUGAAGAAGAAGAAGACGAGGAUAUUGACAAUCUUAUUGAAGAGUUGGAAUCUCAAGAUGGCGAUAAUGCGGACUAUGAAGAGGAAGAGGUCCAACAAUCAGGAGGCGCACGACUCAUUCCAGAAGAACUUCUCCAGACCAACACUCGAACCGGCCUUACAUCCGGAGAAGUUUUCCUACGUCGCAAGCAGUUUGGGUACAACCAGAUGAAAGAGGAGAAAGAGAAUCUCGUUGUGAAGUUUUUGAUGUUCUUUGUUGGUCCGAUACAGUUCGUCAUGUUAUCGGCAGCGAUACUUGCGGCAGGUCUCCAGGACUGGGUCGAUUUCGGCGUCAUAUGCGCAUUACUCGUCCUGAACGCGUGCGUUGGCUUCAUACAAGAAUACCAAGCUGGCUCCAUAGUCGACGAACUCAAGAAGACGCUGGCAUUGAAAGCUACCGUGUUGCGUGACGGUGCUCUUGUCGAAAUUGAGGCUCCAGAAAUUGUACCAGGGGAUUUGCUGAUGCUUGAAGAAGGGGUUAUAGUGCCAGCAGAUUCAAGAAUUGUGACGGAAAGCGCAUUUCUCCAAGUCGACCAAUCUGCCAUCACCGGAGAGUCACUUGCAAUUGACAAGCACCGCGGCGAUACCUGUUACGCUUCUUCAGCCGUGAAAAGGGGCGAGGCAUUCGUCGUGGUCACAGCAACAGGAGAUUCCACCUUCGUUGGCCGUGCUGCAUCACUGGUCGCUUCAUCAUCCGGAGGAACUGGACACUUCACCCAAGUCUUGCAUAACAUAGGCUUGAUACUCCUGGUCCUGGUCAUAUUCACACUACUUGUGGUGUGGAUCAGCUCAUACUACCGCUCGAAUGACAUUGUACACAUACUCAAGUUUACCCUCGCCAUUACGAUUGUUGGCGUCCCUGUGGGUCUUCCUGCCGUUGUUACCACCACCAUGGCUGUCGGCGCCGCCUAUCUAGCUAAGAAGCAGGCUAUUGUGCAAAAGCUCUCUGCUAUCGAGUCCCUUGCCGGGGUGGCUGUUCUAUGUUCCGAUAAGACCGGGACACUCACCAAGAACAAAUUAUCACUAGCCGAACCAUAUACCGUCAAUGGAAUUGAGCCGGAAGAUCUCAUGCUUACUGCAUGUUUAGCAGCAUCUCGAAAGAAGAAGGGCAUCGACGCAAUCGACAAAGCCUUCCUCAAAGCUUUGCGGUACUACCCGCGAGCCAAAAAUGUGCUCAGCAAGUACCGUGUCGUCGAAUUCCAUCCGUUCGAUCCAGUCUCCAAGAAAGUACAGGCCGUCGUCGAGUCACCACAAGGAGAGCGCAUCAUCUGCGUCAAAGGUGCGCCGCUAUUCGUCCUUCGAACCGUUCAGGAAGGCCUAGCUCUCCAAGAUCUCGAGGUGCCUCAACCCAUCAUCGAUGCGUAUAAGAACAAGGUUGCCGAAUUCGCCAUGCGUGGCUUUCGUUCACUCGGCAUAGCGCGGAAACGAGGCAAAGAGCCCUGGGAAAUUUUAGGCAUCAUGCCAUGCUCAGAUCCACCUCGCCAUGAUACCUACCGCACACUCAACGAGGCGAAGACUCUUGGAUUGAGUGUCAAGGUAUUGAGCGGUGACUCCGUUGGAAUUGCUCGUGAGACUGCUCGCCAACUUGGCCUUGGUACCAACUUCUUUGAUGCCGAGAAGCUCGGUCUGGGUGGCGGUGGAGAGAUGCCCGGUUCAGAAGUCUAUGACUUCGUUGAGGCUGCAGAUGGCUUUGCUGAGGUGUUCCCUCAGCACAAAUACAAUGUGGUCGAAAUUCUACAACAGCGUGGUUACCUUGUUGCCAUGACUGGCGAUGGGGUGAAUGACGCACCGUCAUUGAAAAAAGCCGACACCGGAAUCGCGGUACAGGGCGCUUCGGACGCUGCUCGCUCAGCGGCAGAUAUUGUGUUUCUUGCUCCUGGUCUCUCCGCCAUCAUUGAUGCACUCAAAACAUCACGGCAGAUUUUCCACCGCAUGUACGCCUAUGUCGUAUACCGAAUUGCCCUAUCUCUUCAUCUUGAGAUUUUUCUCGGACUUUGGAUCGCUAUCCUGAAUGAGUCGUUGAAUCUUCAGCUCGUUGUCUUUAUCGCCAUCUUCGCUGAUAUAGCAACGCUAGCUAUUGCCUACGAUAAUGCACCGUACAGCAAGACACCUGUAAAAUGGAAUCUACCUAAGCUGUGGGGCAUGUCCAUCUUGCUUGGUGUGAUCCUUGCAGCAGGCACAUGGAUCACCUUGACCACCAUGUUUCCAUACCAAACAAGUGAGCGGCAGGGUAUCGAUGGGGGCGUGGUCCAAAAUUAUGGACGCCGGGAUCCGAUACUCUUCCUCGAAAUCACUUUGACAGAAAAUUGGCUCAUCUUCAUCACUCGUGCGAAUGGCCCGUUCUGGUCUUCUGUUCCUUCAUGGCAGCUAUCAUGCGCUAUCUUGGUUGUCGACAUUGUUGCUACUCUUUUUACCAUCUUUGGCUGGUUCGUUGGCGGACGAACCAGUAUAGUAGCCGUUGUGCGCGUCUGGCUGUUCUCAUUCGGUGUCUUUUGCGUCAUGGGUGGAGUGUACUAUCUGCUCCAGGGAAGUCAAGGUUUCGACAACUUGAUGCAUGGCAAGUCACUGAAGAAGAACCAAAAGCAGAGGUCAUUGGAAGACUUUGUCGUCUCGUUACAACGAGUCUCAACACAGCAUGAGAAGACGACGUAA